AAGUCAGUGCGUGUGCACCAAUCGUCGCAAACGCGGCACCUAACCGGUUAGAGCUAAACACGUGACCGACGCAGUGUGCRAGUACCGUGCGAACGUGUACUUGAACACCUAUUGCUAGUUUGCAGCGCAAAUUUUUGCUAACACUUCAUUACAUUGCUGCGUACGUGACCUUCCGCAAGCUGUGUCGGAUGCCRCCUACAACGACUGGGAGAUUUGUGCGGUACGCGUUGCUGUUGGCCCUCCUCUGCGCGUACAUUUGUCAGGGGAUUGCAGCAUUGUUGCAGAAAGAAUUAUGGYUAGAGUGCUCGUGCAUGUAUGCCAGCGAGCGCAAUGCAACCAAUUGGGGCAACAUCGCCAUUAACGGAAGCACUUUGCGUGGCGCCAAGAAUGGCUGUUACUUGAUCUWCAUCGCGGGCGGCAAUGACGAGUUGGUCGCUCUGCGCUUCCAGACGCUACAGCUGGCCGCCGGCUGUUCGGAGUACAUUGAAAUAUUUCCGUUCCUGCGGGAGCCCGUCAUUGAGAACUCGACUAAUCCGGAUUAUGUUAUUUGCAAYCGCUCCGCUGCUACAGCGCCCACCGUGUCAGCAUUAGCAUCUGCAACGGCUGCCACGACGUUAGCAGCCAACCGGAGUGUUGCAGCAACAAAGACCAUGCCGUCACCCACAACUGCUGAAAUUAAGCAGAAAGCGUCCUCGUCCGUCGCCAACACAAUGACGAUGACGCUGGCAGCUAGCAAGAAGCCCGYGSCGGCUGCGAGUGGCRUUGCCAACCACGCUCAUUUAACGGUUAUUACUGCCAAUAAUUCGGUUGCCGCCGCUGUCGCUGUCGCUGAUUUACGUGGCAAUGAGUUUAUUUAUAGUGCAGGCAAAAUUUUCGGCAUUCGCGUACGUUUUAACCAACAACAACUGCUACAGCGCGAGCCAGCGCUGCGAARUGAUGUUGACGGCGGYGUUGCGCUCAAAAAUUGGCUGCUUAAUAUAACCGGAGAGUAUCGAUUCUUGAAGAAGGAACAUUUUCAAAACGAUGGACGCCUCAUACCCGGAUCAUACUGUGACUAUUAUUUCUUUGCUGAUCCCAAUGCGAAACCUGACAGCUUCGAGAUUUGGCAAUACUUUCAUUCGCCACGUUUUCCAGCGAAAUAUCCGGCGCACAUCAAAUGCGCCUACAAAUUCAUAGGACGUSCAGAAAGUCGCGUAGAAAUAGUCUUUGAAGAGUUGCAGCUGCCGAGAAAGAACGACAGCUGCAGCAUGGAUAAGCUGACAAUUUUCGACUCAGAGUCAGCGAAUAUGAACGCCGUUAUUGAUGUUAUUUGCGAUUCGCCGCCUACGCGACGCAUAAUUAGUUCCGGUCCCGAUUUGCUAAUCGAAUUYAACGCCAGUUCCAAUAAGACAGCCAAAGGCUUUCGCGGCAAAUUCAAAUUUAUACACAAUGAAGUCGAAGACCAAUUUUUGCCAGCGAUCACAAAUGAUUUGACAACAGAAAAGAUAAUUGCUCUCGAAAGAAUCGGUUUGCGGAAGGAGACUCCACGUCCUGUGCUUACGGCAGAUGAGUGGGGUAAAUUUUUCAAGAAUAAUGAAAAUUGCAAACAAAUAUUUGAUUCGCGUGUAAACAAAUCCGGCCGUUUUGACACAGCUCAGCUGUUCCCCCCAGUACCAAAUGUCAACAUCAUUCCARUGUUGACGCCCUCUAGAGUGCAGUGUCGAUUUGAAUUUUACGGUGGCGCCGACGAGAGGGUUCAGAUAAAAUUUUUAGACUUCCACAUUCCGGCGGAAAAUAAAAACGCUACAGAAUGCAAAGCAAAUGAUGUGCUACAGCUUCUUACCCAAGUGCGUGGGAAAUAUGAACCAACUGAAACAUUUUGUGGAGCAUUUCUACCCAAGCCAAUCAUGUCGAAUGGACCGAAGAUGUUACUUCAAUUUAUUGGUCGGUAUCCGCCUACUGGCUCGAAAAUCAAUUAUUAUGGUUUCAAAGCAGAGUAUAAGUUCGUAAAAAAUUUCGGUAUAUCCACGGGACAGCAGGUGGAUGAAAAUUGUACCUUCACUUAUAAUAGUACAGAUCGGAAAUCAGGAUGGUUUGGGUCGCCUAAUUUCCCCGGUUACUACCCACAAAAUAUGAUUUGCCAUUAUUACUUCUAUGGCGAACCUGAUGAGCGUGUCAUCAUACGAUUUACUUUCUUUGAUGUUGAGGGUAUCGGCACUUGCGAAUAUCUGACAGCAAGUGAUUAUGUGGAAUUUUCGAAUUUUAUGAGCACGGAUCGCAAAUAUGGACGAUACUGUGGGAAACGUGAAAAAUUUGAGGUGCGCUCAGAUGGUCGAUUUUUCCGCGUUUCCUUCUAUUCAAACGACCGUUUCGAUAAAACUGGUUUUCGUGCUCUCUACGACUAUCAAGGAAAAAGUUCACGCGUGGAAAAUACUUCAAUGCAGAGCUAUAUAUCUGGCAGUUGUGGUAUUCUCAAAUCAUAUUGCAGUCUUCAUAAUGCAUUUACUCUGAUAUUAUUGAAAUUGUUUACAAAUUUCAAAGCAAUAAAUUAA